CGCAAUCAUGAAAGGCAGACACCAAUUCCGGCGCAGAUUCAGUCUGCAACCCUCGUUUAUGAAAGAGGACCACGAAGAAGAAAGGAGGCCUCAUAGCCACAGAGUCCUAAAAGCGGAAAGAACCGAAGAUACGGUAUCAAGCAGCGGCAACCUCGCAAACGCUAACGCAGUCCGACACAAGAUAGUGGUCCUCGGCGCCGCUAAAGUCGGCAAAUCUUCCCUCAUUUCUCAGUUCCUCUACAACACAUUCUCAACCAAAUACAAGAGAACUGUCGAAGAGAUGCAUCAUGGUGACUUCAGCGUAUCCGGAGUUAGACUCACCUUAGAUAUCCUUGACACUUCCGGAGCGUACGAAUUCCCGGCAAUGAGAGCGCUUUCAAUGCAAUCAGCUGAUGCCUUUAUACUAGUAUACGAUAUAACCGAUGCGGAUAGCUUCUCAGAGGUGAGGCAACUGAGGGAUCAGAUUCAUGAGACCAAGGAGAGCACGGCUGUGCCUAUUGUCGUCGUCGGGAAUAAAGUGGACUUGGCUGAAACUGGGGAGAGACAGGUGGAGUUCCACACGACAGAGUCUGUGGUGACAGUGGACUGGGAGAACGGGUUCGUAGAGGCAUCAGCUAAGGACAACAUCAACGUAUCGCAGAUAUUCAAGGAGCUCCUCGUACAGGCUAAGGUAAAAUACAACCUAUCACCCGCGCUGCGUCGCCGGCGGCGGCAGUCGCUGCCUACAGGGCCACAGGGCCCCUCCACCCCCUCCCACCAGUCGCACGUACCGUCGCCUGCGCAGCUCGCGCACCUACAGCAGAUCAGGGAACGACACAGCAGCAAACGCAACUCCUGUGUCAUCUCUUAGGCCGUUGUGUUGUAAGUUCGCGUUGAAGGUGAAUCUGAAGCGUGGUUUGUUCUUCUUUUGUUUAUUUGUGUAUAAUAACGGUGCUUUGUUUCUGUAUGUACCUAUGUAGAAACUGAAUAAAUGUUUUCUUGU